ACUCUGAUCCGGGGACAGUUUGGAAAGCAGGUGGCAAUAUGGAGCACAUGUCCUCUCCGGUCAGAUUCCGCACCAACAAAAAAGCUCUCAAGUCUGUCCAUAGAAGAUCAGGAGAACAUACAGUUUCCUUACGCCAUGAGGGAUUUGCCUCCAGUCUCUAAUUCUGCUGAGAAUCUCCAAACACCAGAUCAGCUUGAGGCAGAGGGAACUCAGACAGCAACCAAUGGGAGGCUGCCUAGUUUUCCUGGGUCUCCCUCUCUGCCCCAUCCCAUUCCCUGCCUCCCAGCCGGCUCCCCGAAAAUCCCUCCCAGAGCAAAUCGUGCAGGACUGGACUUGCAGUUUCAACCUCUGCCACUGAGGAGUCAGCUUGUCUCCCAAGUGUCUCUGGACUCUCCCCUCAGCCCAGCCUCACGACCACGAAGCCCCUGGGGACGCUUUGACCCUUAUGACUCUCCAGAGGAUCAGGAUAAGGAGUAUGUGGGAUUUGCCACAUUACCAAACCAAGUUCACAGAAAGACGGUAAAGAAAGGUUUCACGUUUACGCUCAUGGUGGCAGGAGAGUCUGGCCUCGGUAAGUCCACCCUAAUCAACAGUUUGUUCCUCACCGACCUCUCCAAAGACAGAAAAGUUCCAAAUGCAGAAGAACGGAUCGGUCAAACUGUCGACAUUGUCAAACACAUUGUCAGCAUUGAGGAAAAAGGAAUCAAACUUAGGCUCUCCAUCGUAGACACACCGGGGUUUGGAGAUGCUGUCAACAACACAGAGAGCUGGAGGCACAUAGAAGACUACAUCGACCAGCAAUUUGAGCAGUAUUUCAGGGAUGAGAGUGGGUUAAACAGAAAGAACAUUCAGGACAACAGAGUCCACUGCCUCCUCUACUUUAUUUCUCCGUUUGGCCAUGGUCUUCGACCUCUGGAUGUGAAAUGUAUGAAGGCCUUGCAUGAAAAAGUCAACAUAAUUCCUUUACUGGCCAAAGCUGACAGCCUGACCCAAGCUGAGGUCUGCAGAAAGAAGAUGAAGAUCAGAGAGGAGAUCAAGCUGUUCGGCAUAAACAUCUACCAGUUUCCAGAGUGUGAUUCAGAUGAGGACGAAGAGUUCAAGACACAGGAGCAGAUUCUCAAGGACACCAUCCCAUUUGCUGUAAUUGGGAGUAACAUACAGGUGGAGAGUAAAGGUCGCAAAUUCAGGGGUCGUUCCUAUCCCUGGGGUGUUGUAGAAGUGGAGAAUCCGAUCCAUUCAGACUUCCUGCUGCUGAGGAACAUGCUGGUGAGGACACAUAUGCAGGAUCUAAAGGACGUGACACGAGAGACGCAUUAUGAAAACUACAGGGCCGAGUGCAUCCAGAGCAUGGUGCAGGAGAAGAACCGCAGUUUGCAUGAAAGGUAUCGAGAGGGGAGCGUGGGAGAUUUUCCUCUACCGCUUGCAACCGCUGAUAGUGAGAAGGAGAGACAGAUUUUUGAGAAAGAAGAAGAGCUGAGGAAGAUGCAGGAGGUGCUGGAGAGGAUUCAAGAGCAGAUGCAACACAGCCAGAGAGGCGGCUGCUGAUUCUCCCAAAAUUUCCAAUGGCAGAGCAGAUGAACAAGGAACAAAGGAAGCCCUGACAUAACUGAAAGCAAACCAGCCAUGUUGAGAUUGGCCUGUUUUGGAGAAAAUAGAACUUGUAGAAGAUGUACAAGGGCAUUUUAAUGCAGAGAAGGGUGCCAACUUCAAGUAAUUGGCAAACUCCCAUCCCUGUUUUCCAGUGUGCAAGCAGGAUAAGCAUGUUCAAGCUGUAAACGGUUGUCUUGAUCUAGUGUUAAAAAGCAUUGAAAAUGAUGUUGGCACACAGAUGAACUGAUUCAGAUGUUCAGGAAUUCCUACAUC